AUGGCAAAGACAAAAAAUGCUCAACCUUCCAAGAAGCCUUCUCUUGGCUCUGCCUCUGCUUCUCUGAUCACCCCACCUGCGCCACCUGCUCCAGUGAUCGGAGUUCCUGAUCAUCGUCGGCUCCGACGACCACUGCCAAAAAUCUUUGCUUCUUCGAUUGCUACUCCAACUCCUGGAUUUGGUGAUCAUGAUGAAUCUCAUUCAUCCAAUCACACAUUGUCGAAGUCUACUUCUUCGAAUGGUGCUCCAAAUGUCAAGAAAGCAAUAGUGCCUAUGCCCACGGUGAGUUCUCAAACAAGGUCCAAGGUAUCCACUCCUCAAAAACCUGAAGUGGUUCUGCCCAAAAGUGUCUCCAAAGGGAAAAAGGUGGUGUCUUCAUCUUCAAAGGCCAAAAGUCUCAAAGAAAAUCCCCCUUCCGUCUCAUCAUCAGAUUCUAAACUUGAAGAAGAGACCGAGGAGGAUCACGAAUCAGAGGGUAUGUCUGAUUCAAGUGAAGAGUUUGUGCCCAAAGAACAGCCCUCUGCUGAUGAUCCUGGGUCUGAAAGUGAAGAGCCUGAAGCUGAACCUAUAAGUGCAGACCCAGUUGUUUUCCUUGCUCCAGUUCCAAAGAAGGACAAAGGAAAAAGACCCAUUGUUUCUCCAAGUCAUAUUCUUCCUUAA